GUUAAAGAGUUUGUGUGUGGUAAGAGUUCUGUUUUGACGCAGCAGAAAAAAAGAUUCAAUUCUUGCGGCUAUUUCGGUGAGGUCUACAUGUGUUUUAUUCACAAGGAUGCUCAAAGCAACACUUUUGAAUUGUCAUCUCGUCUUGACAUGUGUAUUGCUGAAUUCCUGUAUGGAUUUGCUCACCAUGGACACAGUCGCCAUGGAUAUAUGCAUUAUGUAUACACUUAAUAUGGAUACACUCAUAACGGAUCAUAUUUCUGUGGUUGACUCUUCAAUGUCUAGAAACAACUAAAAUGAACAUGUCGCUUAUCUAGGGGUUGUUAUCGGAAGUUGAUGUGCCAAUGUCAAGGUCACUCUCAGUUUUUCAACUCCCGGAAUACACUAAUGGAAGAUUCGAUGAGUCAGUGAGUAUUUUAUUCAGCGUAUGAAAGCUUGUAAUGACCAGUCAGUGAGUAUGUUAUUCAGCUUAUAAAAGCUUCUAAUGACCAGUCAGUGAGUAUGUUAUUCACCGUAUGAAAGCUUCUAAUGAUGAGUCAGUGAGUAUGUUAUUCAGCGUAUGAAAGCUUCUAAUGACCAGUCAGUGAGUAUGUUAUUCACCGUAUGAAAGAUUCUAAUGAUGAGUCAGUGAGUAUGUUAUUCACCGUAUGAAAGCUUCUAAUUAUGAGUCAGUGAGUAUGUUAUUCAAUUGAAGAUUUAGCUUCCAUGGAUCUGGAUGUUAUUCUAUAAAUUCGCAACUUUUGGUUUUGUUUUAAGUAAAUAGUAAUGUUGUUUUAUACUUUAUAUUUGUGGCUAAUUGUUUAUUAAAAUGAAUUCAUUAAUAUCAUCUUAUUAUGCGCCCUUCACAUGACCCAGGGUAUAAGAUGCACUUUGUGAAUUUACCCUUCACAUGACCCAGGGUAUAAGAAGCAUUUUGUGAAUUUACCCUUCACAUGACCCAGGGUAUAAGAAGCCCUGUAUUGUUGCUAUUUGUGUUGUUUUCGCGACAAUGGGCAGCAGUUGUUACUGUCACACACAUUUGACUGACAAUUGGCAGCAGUUGUUACUGUCACACACAUUUGACUGACAAUGGGUAGCAGUUGUUACUGUCACACACAUUUGACUGACAAGGGGCAGCAGUUGUUACUGUCACACACAUUUGACUGACCAUUGGGCAGCAGUUGUUACUGUCACACACAUUUGGCUGACAAUUGGGCAGCAGUUGUUACUGUCACACACAUUUGACUGACAAUGGGCAGCAGUUGUUACUGUCACACACAUUUGACUGACAAGGGGCAGCAGUUGUUACUUUCACACACAUUUGACUGACAAUGGGCAGCAGUUGUUACUGUCACAGUUGUUACUUUCACACACAUUUGACUGACAAGGGCCCGCAGUUGUUACUGUCACACACAUUUGCCGAUGACAAGCCCCCCCCCCCGCCCUAUUUACUCCAUGAUUAAAUCCAUUUCUCCUUCACUGAGAACAAGUGAGGUGACGCCACCGUGGGUGUAUCGGGGCGUAUCGGGGCAUAAGUGGAAUAGUUUAUGAAAUGCCUGGACCUCCCUUCCAAUUCCCCAGAACAUCAUAGAGCAAAUAUUAAAUCAUGAAAACUAAGAACAUCAAACAAUUUUAAAAAAGUGAAAAUUUCUUUCUUUGAAAAAAUUAGCAUCUUUUUUAGAAGAAGAGGCACUGACCCUAGCUACGUCACUGUGUCAACAUCCUUAGACUGGCGACUCUUCUUUCUGUCAUUGUCUUCAGCGAGUCAAAACUAUAGCGACCUUCUUUCUGUCAUUGACUGUCUCAACACCUCAAGACUAGCGACUUGUUUCUGUCAUUGACUACCUCAAUCAUUGACUGCCUCAACACCUCAAGACUAGUGACUUGUUUCUGUCAUUGACUGCCUCAAUCAUUGACUGCCUCAACACCUCAAGACUAGCGACCUUCUUUCUGUGUGCAAGACUUAGCACCAUGUAAUAAGACAAAACAUUAUGUCCCAAUCGGGGAUGCUUCCUGGGCCAUGGGGUGAGGGUGGGAGGGGGGAAAUGAAUGGAGACUACUGGGGGCAGGGGGAGCGUCAGGGGUUAAUCAUGACUGAUGGUGUUGGGCUUGUUUAUGGUCUCUCAGAUUAAAGUGAAGGGUCAACGUGACACGAGUGACGUCAUCAUUGAAUGAGUUUUUCCGGAUCAUCUGCAGUUUCUUUCCCGCUCUGGCCAAAGUAAACUCGUUCAUAUUUAUUGAUAGUUGAUUUUUGUAUGCAAUGUUAUUUGAUUUUAUUUAUGAUUUCUGGGAUAAAAAGAACUGCAUUAUGGGAUUGGCGUGACAAGAUCUAGAUUGUUGGGCCUCAAUGACUGUAGCCGAAUAGGGUUAUUCAACAUUUUGGAAAUAGGAUAUUUUUGCAUUGUGGCAUAUAGUGUUGCUUUAGAUCUGAGCCCGACUACCGAUGUCAAACGAGACGAUGAUUGGCUUGUUAACACGGGGUAAAACAAACAGGACAAGGAUUGGCUUGUUAAAACGGGGUCAAAAUACGGGACGAUGAUUGGCUUGUUAAAACGGGGUCAAAAUACGGGACGAUGAUUGGCUUGUUAAAACGGGGUAAAACAAACAGGACAAUGAUUGGCUUGUUAAAACGGGGUCAAAAUACGGGACGAUGAUUGGCUUGUUAAAACGGGGUCAAAAUGACGGGACGAUGAUUGGCUUGUUAAAACGGGAUCAAAAUAACGGGACGAUAAUUGGCUUGCAAACACGGUGUCCAGCGAUUAAAGUUAGACUGCACGGUACAUCUGAAUUUUCGUAUGUCAUAUGAUUCACAGGACACGUCACUAUAUCAGUGAGUAUGAAAGACAGGCAAAGAUGUCUCUGUUGUCUUAUACUUCAUCGCACACUCUUCACUUCUGUAUUAUGUAAUACUUGGACUAUGUGUUAUGUAAUACUUGGAAUAUGUGUUAUGUAAUACUUGGACUAUGUGUUGUCUAAUUCGUGGACUACGUACUGUGUAAGACUUGGACUAUGUGUUGUCUAAUUCGUGGACUUCGUACUGUGUAAUACUUGGACUAAGUGUUGUCUAAUUCGUGGACUACGUACUAUGUAAUACUUGGACUAUGUGUUGUGUAUGUCGUGGACUACGUAUACUGUGUAAUAAGUUGAGUAUGUACUGUAUAAUUCAUGGACUACGCACAGUGUAAUAUUUGGAAUAUGUAUUGUGUAAUACUUGGCCUACGUACUGUUUAAUACUUGGACGAAGUACUAUGUAAUACUUGUACUAUGUGUUGUCUAAUUCGAGGACUACGUACUGUGUAAUACUUGGACUAUGUGUUGUCUAAUUCGUGGAGUACGUACUGUGUAAAUCUUGGACUAUGUGUUGUCUAAUUCGUGGACUACGUACUGUGUAAUACUUGGACUAUGUGUUGUCUAAUUCGUGGAUUACGUACUGUGUAAUACUUGGACUAAGUGUUGUCUAAUUCGUGGACUACGUACUAUGUAAUACUUGGACUAUGUGUUGUGUAUGUCGUGGACUACGUAUACUGUGUAAUAAGUUGACUAUGUACAGUAUAAUUCAUGGACUACGUACAGUGUAAUAUUUGGAAUAUGUAUUGUGUAAUACUUGGCCUACGUACUGUUUAAUACUUGGACGACGUACUAUGUAAUACUUGUGCUAUGUGUUGUCUAAUUCGUGACAACGUACUGUGUAAUACUUGGACUAUGUGUUGUCUAAUUCGUGACAACGUACUGUGUAAUACUUGGACUAUGUGUUGUCUAAUUCGUGGACUACGUAAUGUGUAAUACUUUGACUAUGUGUUGUCUAAUUCGUGGACUACGUACUGAGUAAUACUUGGACUAUGUGUUGUCUAAUUCGUGGACCACGUACUGUGUAAUACUUGGACUAUGUGUUGUCUAAUUCGUGGACUACGUACUAUGUAAUACUCGGACUAUGUGUAGUCUAUGUCCUGGACUACGUACUGUGUAAUAUGUGGACUAUGUACUGUAUAAUUCAAUGACUACGUAUAGUGUAAUACUUGGAAUAUGUAUUGUGUAAUACUUGGUCUACGUACUAUUUAAUACUUGGACUAUGUAUUGUAUAAUACUUUGUCUUACGUAUUGUGUAAUACUUUGACUCUGUAUUAUAUGAUACUUGGUCUACGUAUUGUGUAAUACUAGGACCAGUGUUUCUUUCAGGCGUCUUUCCGGGGGGAAUGUCAAGUGCCUGUUACUGUCUCCCAAUGGGAAAAUGUGUAUAUUAAGUGCCUGUUAGUGUCCCCCCACGGGGAAAAUGUGUAUGUCAAGUGCCUGGUAGUGUCCCCCAGAGGGAAUUUAUGUAUGUCAAGUGCCUGUUAGUGUCUCCCCACUGGGGAAAACGUGUAUAACAAUAAAACGAAAAUAUAUUUUAUUAUGCAAAUAAAAUACUAUAUUGUGAUUUUUAUAAAAGUUUUAAAAAGAAUAAUAACUGAUGCCUUGUUACAAUGUGCGGGACCAGUGAAAUGUCCCGGAGCUCGAUCUGUUAGAUGUUCCGCCAAUGUGAGGCUGAUCUGGUGAGAAACUUACACUAUUCGAUUAUAAAUAUCCCAAUGUUUGGAAGAUUGACCCCACCUGAUGAUGACCCGAACUCUAACCUCCCGUUGUUCGGAUGUCAUGGUAUUUUUCUUUAAUACAUUUUUUGCCACUUCACAAGCUUAAAUAUUUUAAUAACAGUGUGGAACUACAUUUGACGUCAUUUUAAAGGUCUAUUAUUUUAAUUUAGUUCCUGAUAAGUAUCAAACAUGUGCAAUCUGUUUUCCAAUUAUAUUUCAUUAUAAAGCAUGACUUUUCUCUUUUUAAUAUCAGAAUAAUAAUCCAUUACCUUAAAAUAUUUGUUCAUUUAUUUUUUAAAGAUAAAAUACAGCAGAGAGCUAAUAUUAAACCACCAUUUUCUCAAAUAGCAUUUCGAUUAUCAUGCCAAUUCCAUGUUAUGUACUAGUCUUAGAAAGAAAAAAAAAAUCUAAAUCUUCAAAUUAACAUUAAAUUUUAUGGAUUUAAUUAUGAAAUUUGUUCAAAUGUGUUCAAGUGUAUCAAAGAUGAUAUUAAGAUUUCAACUGAAGAAAGUUUUAGUUGUUAGAAAUUCCAAACCAACAUUUGAAUCCACUAAUCCACUUACUAUUGGGAACUGUAUACUUUAUUUUCGUACGAUUUCCAACGAAUAAAUUCACUCCUUAGUAAAUAUAUGUUGUCUUCUGUAAACAACUCAAGUCUUCUUAACAUAAUUACGCGCUUUUAUAUGAUUUAUAAAAAAUAACCAGUUUAGAAAAAUCAUGUAUAGACCUUUCUACAAAACUCUUUUUUCCCUUUUGACUCAUAUAAAACUUGGAAAUAUUUGGAGAAUGUAUUUAGUAUAAAUAGAUUCAUUCGCUCAACAUUUAAAAUCAUGUUUUCAGUGCUUCUCUGUGACUGAAAUCUUUUUUAGAGUUACAAAAAAUCACUUAGUUAUUAAGUAAUUUACCCUAAACAUAGUUUUAACAAGAGAUAAAAACACAGUGUAAUUAGUAUCUAACAAAACUAUGCGUGUUGCAAAAGUAGGUCAAGUAGAGCCCUCGCUUGACUUUCUGAGGCCCCCCGAGACCCCCUGCCACUUUUCUGUUUUUUCCUUUCAUUCAUAUUUGAUCAUUUAAAGUGUCCACAGCAAAACUUUAGGCCCUUAAGCCUUAAAAUGUUUAAGGCCCCAUGUAGCGGCGGGGCUUACAGGGCCCACACUAUGGCUCUGAGGAGCUGCUGGGCCCACACGAUGGCUCUAAGCGGUUGCAGGGCCAACACGGUGGCUCUGAGGAGUUGCAGAGCCAACACGAUGGCUCUGAGGGGUUGCAGGGCCAACACCAUGGCCCUUAGUUAAAGAUAAACAUACAAUUGUAACUAGCAUCUUCCCGUUGCUCUUCGAUUAAGUGUAGAGUGAUGUGUGUGUGUGUGUGUGUAUAUGUGUGUGUGUGCUAAAAUCCCAUCUUACAUUUUAAAUUUAUCAAAAAUAAUCUGCCAUCAUCAUCAUCAUCGCCUGUUAGGGCUUAUUCUGGCGUUUCCCGUUCGAAAUGACCCCUUCCCAAUGGCCUGAAAGAAACACCAUGACCCCUUCCCAAUGGUCUGAAAGAAACACCAAGAACCCUUCCUAAUGGUCUGAAAGAAACACCAAGACCCCUUCCUAAUGGUCUGAAAGAAACACCAAGACCCCUUCCUAAUGGUCUGAAAGAAACACCAAGCCCCCAUCCCAAUUGUCUGAAAGAAACACCAAGACCCCUUCCAAAUGGUCUGAAAGAAACACCAAGCCCCCAUCCCAAUUGUCUGAAAGAAACACCAAGACCCCUUCUAAAUGGUCUGAAAGAAACACCAAGCCCCCAUCCCAAUUGUCUGAAAGAAACACCAAGACCCCUUCCUAACGGUCUGAAAGUAACACCAAGACCCCUUCCAAAUGGUCUGAAAGAAACACCAAGCCCCCAUCCCAAUUGUUUGAAAGAAACACCAAGACCCCUUCCAAAUGGUCUGAAAGAAACACCAAGCCCCCAUCCCAAUAGUCUGAAAGAAACACCAAGACCCCUUCCUAAUGGUCGGAAAGAAACACCAAGACCCCUUCCAAAUGGUCUGAAAGAAACACCAAGCCCCCAUCCCAAUUGUCUGAAAGAAACACCAAGACCCCUUCCAAAAGGUCUGAAAGUAACACCAAGCCCCCAUCCCAAUAGUCUGAAAGAAACACCAAGACCCCUUCCUAAUGGUCUGAAAGAAACACCAAGCCCCCUUCCAAAUGGUCUGAAAGAAACACCAAGCCCCCAUCCCAAUUGUUUGAAAGAAACACCAAGACCCCUUCCAAAUGGUCUGAAAGUAACACCAAGCCCCCAUCCCAAUAGUCUGAAAGAAACACCAAGACCCCUUCCUAAUGGUCUGAAAGAAACACCAAGCCCCCAUCCCAAUUGUCUGAAAGAAACACCAAGACCCCUUCCAAAUGGUCUGAAAGAAACACCAAGCCCCCAUGCCAAUGGUCUGAAAGAAACACCAAGACCCCUUCCUAAUGGUCUGAAAGAAACACAAAAGCCCCUUCCUAAUGGUCUGAAAGAAACACCAAGACCCCUUCCUAAUGGUCUGAAAGAAACACCAAGACCCCUUUGUAAUGGUCUGAAAGAAACACCAAGACCCCUUCCUAAUGGUCUGAAAUAAACACCAAGACCCCUUCCAAAUGGUCUGCAAGAAACACCAAGACCCCUUCCUAAUUGUCUGAAAGAAACACCAAGACCCCUUCCUAAUGGUCUGAAAGAAACACCAAGACCCCUUCCUAAUGGUCUGAAAGAAACACCAAGACCCCUUCCAAAUGGUCUGAAAGAAACACCAAGACCCCUUCCAAAUGGUCUGAAAGAAACACCAAGACCCCUUCCAAAUGGUCUGAAAGAAACACCAAGACCCCUUCCAAAUGGUCUGACAGAAACACCAAGACCCUUUCUAAUGGUCUGAAAGAAACACCAAGACCCUUCCUAAUGGUCUGAAAGAAACACCAAGAUCCCUUCCUAAUGGUCUGAAAGAAACAGCAAGACCCCUUCCUAAUGGUCUGAAAGAAACACAAAGACCCCUUCUUAAUGGUCUGAAAGAAACACCAAGACACCUUCCUAAUGGUCUGAAAGAAACACCAAGACCCCUUCCUAAUGGUAUGAAAGAAACACCAAGACCCCUUUCCAAUGGCCUGAAAGAAACUACAAGACCCCUUCCCAAUGGUCUGAAAGCAACACCAAGACCCCUUCCUAAUGGCCUGAAAGAAACACCAAGACCCCUUCCUAAUGGUAUAAAAGAAACACCAAGAUCCCUUCCUAAUGGCCUGAAAGAAACACCAAGACCCCUUCCCAAUGGUCUGAAAGAAACAUCAGACCCCUUCCUAAUGGUCUGAAAGAAACAUCAAGACCCCUUCUCAAUGGCCUGAAAGAAACACCAAGACCCCAUCCCAAUUGUCUGAAAGAAACACCAUGACCCCUUCCUAAUGGUCUGAAAGAAACACCAAGACCCCUUCCUAAUGGUCUGAAAGAAACACCAAGACCCCUUCCAAAUGGUCUGAAAGAAACACAAAGACCCCUUCCUAAUGGUCUGAAAGAAACACCAAGACCCCUUCCUAAUGGUCUGAAAGAAACACCAAGACCCCUUCCCAAUGGUCUGAAAGAAACACCAAGACCCCUUCCUAAUGGUCUGAAAGAAACACCAAGCCCCCAUCCCAAUGGUCUGAAAGAAACACCAAGACCCCUUCCUAAUGGUCUGAAAGAAACACCAAGACCCCUUCCUAAUGGUCUGAAAGAAACACCAAGACCCCUUCACAAUGGUCUGAAAGAAACACCAAGACCCCUUCCUAAUGGUCUGAAAGAAACACCAAGAACCCUUCCUAAUGGUCUGAAAGAAACACCAAGACCCCUUCCCAAUGGUCUGAAAGAAACACCAAGACCCCUUCCUAAUGGUCUGAAAGAAACACCAAGACCCCUUCCCAAUGGUAUGAAAGCAACACCAAGAACCCUUCCCAAUGGUCUGAAAGAAACACCAAGACCCCUUCCUAAUGGUCUGAAAGAAACACCAAGAACCCUUCCUAAUGGUCUGAAAGAAACACCAAGACCCCUUCCUGAUGGUCUGAAAGAAACACCAAGACCCCUUCCUGAUGGUCUGAAAGAAACACCAAGACCCUUUCCAAUGGUCUGAAAGAAACACCAAGACCCCUUCCUAAUGGUCUGAAAGAAACACCAAGACCCCUUCCUAAUUGUGUUUUCACCUUGUUAUUAAUUGUUUUCACCUUGUUAUUAAUUGUGUUUUCACCUUGUUAGUAAUUGUCUUUAAACCUGCAUAUUAAUUGUGUUUAAACCUUGUUAUUAAUUGUGCUUAAACAUUGUUUUUAAUUGUGUUUAUCCUUGUUAAUAAUUGUGUUUACACCUAGCUAUUUACUAUGUUUGAUUAUAUUUACCUUGAAGAUAUAUCGAACAAGAAUCACCCUGGCUCUUAAAACCCCCUAACCCCUUUUUUUUUUCUUUUCUUUUUCCCGCAAGUAGGAUGCCUUUAUGUAUGCAUACAAAUUUGCAGUAAAAUUCUAUUAUAAUUCAUAAUUUUAAUUACAUAAAAAAACAUACCCCAAACCGUAUUGCCACAUAAAACAAAGCACUCUCAUAUGUUCCCACAUUCUUAUUGGAACACAACACAACACACUCUUAUAUGUGCCCACAUUCUUAUUGGAACACAACACAACGCACUCUUAUAUGUGCCCACAUUCUUAUUGGAACACAACACAACGCACUCUUAUAUGUGCCCACAUUCUUAUUGGAACACAACACAACGCACUCUUAUAUGUGCCCACAUUCUUAUUGGAACACAACACAACGCACUCUUAUAUGUGCCCACAUUCUUAUUGGAACACAACACAACGCACUCUUAUAUGUGCCCACAUUCUUAUUGGAACACAACACAACGCACUCUUAUAUGUGCCCACAUUCUUAUUGGAACACAACACAACGCACUCUUAUAUGUGCCCACAUUCUUAUUGGAACACAACACAACGCACUCUUAUAUGUGCCCACAUUCUUAUUGGAACACAACACAACGCACUCUUAUAUGUGCCCACAUUCUUAUUGGAACACAACACAACGCACUCUUAUAUGUGCCCACAUUCUUAUUGGAACACAACACAACGCACUCUUAUAUGUGCCCACAUUCUUAUNCCCCUACCGUGCCCCCCCCCCCCCCCCCUUAAUUCACCACAUCCCUCUCUUUAAACCCCCACCAUGCCUCCCCCAACUUUUAGAUUGUAUGUAGUGUUUUAUGAGCUAAAUAUUUUGGAUGUUUCUGUUAUAUGUUUUUAUGCUUUGAAAACAUCAUGGGUUUAUUGAACUCUACAUUAACAAAUAAUAUCUCAAAAAUGGGGACAAUUUAAAUGAAAUAUUUAAAAAAAAAAUAAGUUUUAGGAAUACUCGGGAAAGAAUACGUUAUAAUUUAUAAGGAAUACUGUAGAAAAAAUAAUUUUUAGGGAAUACUGUAGACAUUAUAAGAAAUAAAUACUUGAUAAAAUAGUGAUGUGAGAAAUAUGCAAUUUUCGGUGUCUUUCUUCACAGUGAAAUAAAAACAGAGAUAAUUGGACAUUUGACACUCUAAUACGAGCAUUAGACACAUUUAUAUUCACACAACCAAUAGUCUAUUGACACAACCAAUAAUUUAUUGACACAACCCAUAAUCUAUUGACACAACCAACAAUUCAUUGACACAACUAAAAAUCUAUUGAUACAACCAAUAAUGACACCACCAAUAAUCUGUUGGCACAACCAAUAAUCUAUUGACACAAUCAAUUGACCGAACUAAAAUUUAUUGACACAAUAAAUAAUCUUUCAAUACAACCAAUAAUGUGUUGAUACUAACAAUAAUUUAAUGACACUUCAAAUAAUCUAUUGACGCUACCAAUAAUCUAUUGACCUUACCAAUAAUCUAUUGACACUACAAUACUCUAUUGACACUACCAAUAAUCUAUUGACCUUACCAAUAGUAUAUUGACCUUACCAAUAAUCUAUUGACACAACCAACAAUCGAGUGUAAGGCAAGCGUUCAUUUAUUUAUAUUGAAGGAAAUAUGCCUCCAGUUAAGAACUGAAAGUUUCAAGAGUGAAUGUUGUAGACUUAUUGUGAUAAGAAAGUUGUAUACAUAUUGUAAUAAGAAAGCUGUAGACUUAUUGUGAUAAGAAAGUUGUAGACAUAUUGUUGUAAGAAAGUUGUAGACAUAUUGUUGUAAGAAAGUUGUAGACAUAUUGUUGUAAGGAAGUUGUAGACAUGUUGUAAGAAAGUUGUAGACAUAUCGUUUUAAGUAAGUUGUAGACAUAUUAUUGUAAGAAAGUUGUAGACAUAUUGUUGUAAGAAAGUUGUAGACAUAUUGUUGUAAGAAAGUUGUAGACAUAUUGUUGUAAGAAAGUUGUAGACAUAUUGUUGUAAGAAAAUUGUGGACAUAUCGUUUUUAGUAAGUUGUAGACAUAUCGUUUUAAGUAAGUUGUAGACAUAUUGUUGUAAGAAAGUUGUAGACAUAUUGUAAGAAAGUUGUAGACAUAUUGUUGGAAGAAAGUUGUACAUAUUGUUGGAAGAAAGUUGUACACAUUGUUGUAAGAUAAAUUCUUUGAUAAAACCUAAGUAUUUCAAGUAAUAACUACUUCCUUAGCUUGGUCGGGAUUGAUAUUAAAAUUAUUUUAACAUGAUAUGUUGACUCAUCGUCUCAGAAACUAAAAUCGCUAUUGACAUUUAUCAUCAUUUAUAAAUAUCACAUUUAUUUAUAAAACCUUGAAAUAGUUCAGCACUUGAAUGAUUUUUAAUGGUGUAAAAAAAAUCAAUUAUAAAUAUCUAUUUUUAGUCAGGUUAUCUUUUGAAAUAAUCUAAUCUUGAUAUAUAGAUACAUUCAUUUUUUCUGAAAUGUAAUAUAUAUUGUAUAAAUACAAUUUUUAAAAAAAAAUGUAUACUUGAAAUAUUUAAAAUACAUUUUGUUUAAGUCCAAUAGUUAAAAUCUAUUUUGUAUGGUCCAAUGUUUCUAAUAGCCGGCUCAUGAUUUAAUGACGUCAUUGUUUGGGCAAAUGAUUGAACUCUCGAAUGGGUCGAACUAUCGGCUUUAAAUUGAGACAUAUGAAUACAUCUUAAUUUAAAUGCGUAUUGAGACAUGUGUAAAAUAGAUUUUAUUUUCUGUACUCCAGAGAAACGAAUAUAGUUCAUAUGACGUAUUUCUGUUUAAGAAUUCAAUUAAAAACUCUUGUGUCACAACAAAAAUUAUUGUUAUAUUAAACUAUGACCUCAUAGAGUGACUCUUAUUUUUAGAUUGUCGGGAUCAAGUUAGGGUCAGAAAUGUAAUAGCGCAUGUAAUGUAUGGUCUAAAUGUUCCUUGAAUACCGACAUUGAAGUGUAUCAACUGUUGUACAAUAGUGUCAACACUUUUAGCAUGGGUAAUUAAAUAUUCGAAUGAUCAGAGUGUCAUCAAUAUUUAACGAAUAAUUUCAAAACCACCAGUAAGCCAUCAACAAAUUCAAAUCAGCACAAUUAGUCAUGCUAGCUUUAACAUGCUAGCCUUAACAUGCUAGAUUUUACAGGCACGCUAAAAGAAACAAGUGGUUGUUACUAAAUUGCUCAUAAAUCUUGAUGUGGAAAAAAAUGCGCCUGGAAGAUAUUUUUAACUUAAUGUCACAAGAGGCUUACCACACCUGGCUUCUCUGAUUUAGUUGUGGGGAUUAGGGUCGUUGGGGAAAAAGGGGUGGGGGGGUGGGGGAGUAAAUUCUGACAUAUUUUAAUGAAUGUUGGUUUAGCUUGGAAUGACCGGAGUAAAAGUUGUGGCAAGAAACGUUGAUAUAUUGGAUGUAAACAGUCGAUAGGUGUAAAUAAUGUAUAUUGUAUGUGUAAGUAAUCGAUAUUGUAGAGAUUGUAAUCGAUAGUAAGUGUAAAUGAUCAAUAUUGUAGAGGAGAGGAAUCCAUGGACAUUUCUUGGUAUUUCUCGUGAUUAGACUUUUGCUUUAAAAAAAAAAUAUUUUCUGUAAUUUGGCUUAUAUGUCAAUGAUGAAAUGGAAUUGUGAAAAAAAAAGAAAAUAACUGAUCUAACCAUAGAAGGCAAGUCCCUAUUGAACAGACGGAGUAUUGAAUAAUUGACUACGUCACUACUGAAUAGAUGCAAUAUUAAAUCUUAUUGAAACGAAGCGAUUUAAAUAUUGACUUUAUCGUCGGUUGGUCAUUAACAAAAAUGUCACUCUGGCAACACUGUAGUCUGUAAUCGUAACCAUCGCCAUUCUGUGCUACGGUAGUCCAGCAACACUAUAGCAUAUACAGGCCUACCCGUUGCUUUCAAAUGUAUCGAAUAGUGUUAUAAUUAGGAUUGCGGUUUUAUUAUUGUUUCCAUAAUGACAAAAUUAAAACAAGCAAGCAAGCCUGAAGAAAUAAAUAACAAAGCGAAUACUGUAUAGCAUGUCACCGCAAACAUGGCUUGGGGGUGUGGUGGGGGUGGGGGGUUAAUGACAUUAAUUUUUUUUUUAAAAAGUCAAAUAAAAUAGGGAUGCUGUCUGGAAUUGAAAAUGAUCUUUCCCUCAUAACUAUGGAUAAUAUCGAGCAUUAGAAAACUAUCUUUAUCUCAUAAUUACCCAAUGUGAGUUUGAGACUUACCUCCUGUCGCCUGCCUCAUCCAUGGAUACACGGGCAUAUUUGGAGAACCCAUUCCUGACAUGCAGGCUGGAUUAGGCAUCCCCGGAUUAUAUCCAUUGGGAGAAAUGCUUGGAUCCGUCAUGGAUUGUUGUGGAUAGUAGUAGUGCUGCUGUGAGCAGACGUCCGGGCCCAUUCCUUUACAUUCCAACAUCCGAUUGUCGUAGUAAAGCUCCGAUGGAUUAACUGAUGGAUGGAUACCGUUGAUGGCAUACGGUGGAUACUGAUGGGCCAGUGGAGGUGUCACUGAGGUCAAAGGUUGUGGAGGUUGGUGCUGGGGUUGCUGCUGCGGGCACGGUGGUUGGUCGAGUCGGUGUUGAUGAUGCUGCUGUGGCUCUAGUGGGUGGAGGUCCUGCGGUUGCUCGUGGUGCCCCACAUGAUGGCCAACGGUGUGGCUGUUUGGAUGAUGGAGGUCUUGCUGUUGGUGUAGAUGUGGAUGAUGAUGUUGCUGCAUGUGAAGCUGAUGUGCAGCUGGCGGAUGAAUGACGUGGUGGUUCUGGUGUUCUAAUAGUUUGUUGUUGGUGCUGCUGUUAUCUUGUAGAUGUGGGGUUCGAGACUCAUGCCGAGAUUCAUAAGGAUACCUCAUAUACGAGGGGGAGUAACUGGGAGAGCAGUUCUCAUACGAGACGGUCCCUGGCCCCGUGUUUGGUCCUAACAUCGGCGACGAUAUAAAUAGGUUCUCAUACUUCUCACCGUGAUCACUGUACAUGUUGGUUGGGUCCAUCCCAAGAACACCAGACUCACUGUUGACCAGUCCAACCCCACAGCCACCGGACAUUGAGUUCGGGGACAUGGUCCCAGGCGGUGGCAGGAUGUUGGUGUAGUACGAGCUCAUAUUCAUAUCUAGUCUUUGAUGUUGAGUCUUGGUUUGAGACUUUGAUCUAGUUAGUGGUAUCGAUCCUCGCUUUGACACUUAGACCGACAUCAAUUUUUACAAGCUUCAACAUUUUCCUCCAAUUACCCACGUUAGUAAAAAUAACAAUUAUUAACAUACAACUUUCUGUAUAUUAUUUUGGAUGCUUUUUGGGAUACAUCCUAAAAAACAGAUAACUCGUCUUGUCUUAUAGAAAAAAUUAGCUUUUAGCUUUGAACUACUAGCAUUUUGGUGAGUUAGUAUUACUGAUAUUUAUUUUAAAAAAUAUUUAAAAAGACAUCAUCAGUUGUUCGUUUUCCAAGUUGUUGAGUUGUUGUGUUGUUCCGUUGCUCGCUAUAACAACUAGAUUAUCUAUUCACUUCAUGUCGGCACCAGGAUUAGAAAAGAAUUCAAUCAUUUAAAAAAAAACAAACAACAACUAGAAAGUAAUUCCGGAAUCAACCCUAUCAACCACAUCAAGCCUAUCAACCACAUCAACCCUAUCAACCACAUCAACCCUAAUCAUCGUAUAUCAACACAUCCGUUAUCCCAGAAGGAGCGUUGGGGGCGAAUCGUGAAUGAAAACAAAAUGAUCCGUGGAUAAUGCUGAUGACCAUUCAGAUAAACCUGACCCUGUCAGUACGUGGGGGGGGCGACGUGAAACAUUAUCACCCUGGUAUGGUCAUAAACAAACGGGAAACGAGACGGGGCCGGGCAUUUGACUCGCUUGUCACAGUGCAGAUGGUCCAGCGAUGCAGAUGCUGUAAUGGUCCAGCGAUGCAGAUGCUGUAAUGGUCCAGCGAUGCAGAUGCUGUAAUGGUCCAACGAUGCAGAUGCUGUAAUGGUCCAACGAUGCAGAUGCUGUAAUGGUCCAGCGAUGCAGAUGCUGUAAUGGUCCAACGAUGCAGAUGCUGUAAUGGUCCAGCGAUGCAGAUGCUGUAAUGGUCCAGCGAUGCAGAUGCUGUAAUGGUCCAGCGAUGCAGAUGCUGUAAUGGUCCAGCGAUGCAGAUGCUGUAAUGGUCCAACGAUGCAGAUGCUGUAACGGCCCAGCGAUGCAGAUGUCUUCUUAUGAAAGAAGAUCAAGAUCACAACGACUGUGAACAUAAACAUACACAGUUAAGUAGUGCUACUGUCGAGCGAUCAAGGUUUACACACAGAAUCUUAGUGCCGCCGAUCAGCUCGUUGGAUGUGCGCUGGCGCCGUUGACUCUAUUUAGUUGUACAACUACUUUCUCUAACUGCACCUCGUCCCUGAGUCUACUCCCACCGGCAAUUACCGGAACGGGGGGUCGUAAAUAACGACCACUAGCGAGAACGGGGGUGGGGGGUUGGGGGGGGCUACCAUUUUGUUUUUGUUCUCAGGAUGGAGGGCCUCGUGAGGACCAGAAACAACGGCAUGUCAUCUGACUGACUACCAGCCAAUCAGACCAGGGGAAUGGCGGCCGUCACGUGACAGACCGCCACGGGCCUCUGAGAGAGGGGAGCCAAUGAAUGGAGUUAGAAAGCGAGGACUGGCCUAGUUGGACGGAGUCAGACAAUGGAAGACCCCCGCUGUUGGACAAAAGCGUUUACCACCAGGGCCGAAGAGAGCCUCCCACAUUUCUUGACAUAGGAUGUCAGUGACGUGAUGCGAUGGGCACGGUGCUUGAAGCGCUUACUAACCAUAAAAUAUCGCUCACCAAACAUCAAACAUCGCUCACCAAACAUCACAAAGUGUUCAUUUAACAUCCUUAAUUAACAUCACAAAGUGUUUAUUUAACAUCACAAAGUGUUCAUUUAACAUCACAAAGUGUUCAUUUAAAAUCACAAAAUGUUUAUUUAACAUCACAAAGUGUUCAUUUAACAUCACAAAGUGUGCAUUUAACAUCACAAAGUGUUCAUUUAAAAAUCGAAAAAAUGUUUAUUUAACAUCACAAAGUGUUCAUUUAACAUCACAAAGUGUUCAUUUAACAUCACAAAGUGUUCAUUUAACACUCUUUAUCUCACUCAGAUUAUAUGCCUUAAUAGGGACCCGACUCCAGCAUCAUCACAUAUAAUAGCUCGGAUUGAAUGGCUCAAUAAAGAAUAGGGACUCGACUCCAGCAUCACCACAUAUCAUGGCUCGGAUUGAAUGGCUCAAGAGAGACUCAACUCCAGCAUCACCACAUAUCAUGGCUCGGAUUGAAUGGCCCAAUAGGGACUCGACUCCAGCAUCACCACAUAUCAUGGCUCGGAUUGAAUGGCUCAAGAGAGACUCGACUCCAGCAUCACCACAUAUCAUGGCUCGGAUUGAAUGGCUCAAUGGGGACUCGACUCCAGUAUCACCACAUAUCAUGGCUCGGAUUGAAUGGCUCAAGAGAGACUCGACUCCAGCAUCACCACAUAUCAUGGCUCGGAUUGAAUGGCUCAAUAGGGACUCGACUCCAGCAUCACCACAUAUCAUGGCUCGGAUUGAAUGGCUCAAUAAACAAUAGGGACUCGACUCUAACAUCACCACAUACCAUGGCUUAGAUUGAAUGGGUUAACAGGGACCAAACUCCAGCACCGCCACAUAUGGCUCAGAUUACAUGGCUUAAUAGGGAACCGAAUCAAUCAUCACCAUAUAUAAGACUUAGGUUAUUUGGCUAAUCAGGGACCAAACUCCAGAACCACCAUAUAUCAUGACUCUGAUUAUAUGGCUUAAUAGGGACUAAACUCUAGCAUCACCACAUAUCAUGCUUCAGAUUAUAUGGCUUAAUAGGGACCAAACUCUAGCAUCACCACAUAUCAUGGCUCGGAUUAUAUGGCUUCAUAGGGACCCGAAUCAAGCAUCACCACAUAUCAUGGCUCGGAUUGAUUGGCUCAAUAGGGACCCAACUCCAGCACCACCACAUGCGAGAAUGAUUGGAACGACUACAGCCCCCACAGACAAAAUGUGAGACCCACUACAGGGCCACAUACACACACAAUAUAAACCCGACUCGAGGAUCACACAAACACACACACACAAAUACAGAUUUCAGAAAAUAAAUUUUGUGUCUUCUGUCAUAAAGAAAAUACUUUUAAAAAAAAUAUUAUACACUUUUACCAGAAAAAAUAAAAAUGUUAAACUUUGAAAGUGUUAACCUGUUGGUGAAUGAUGUUUAUGCCAACAUUUUUAGUUCACCUGUUGGUGAAAGAUGUUUAUGCCAACAUUUUUAGUUAACCUGUUGGUGAAUUAUGUUUAUGCCAACAUUUUUAGUUGAACUGUUGGUUAAUGAUGUUUAUGCCAACAUUUUUAGUUAACCUGUUGGUGAAUGAUGUUUAUGCCAACAUUUUUAGUUAAUCUGUUUGCGAAUGAUGUUUAUGCCAACAAUUUUAGUUAAUUUGUUGGUGAAUGAUGUUUAGGGCAACAUUUUUUGUUAACCUGUUGGUGAAUGAUGUUUAUGCCAACAUUUUUAGUUAACCUGUUGGUGAAUGAUGUUUAUGCCAACAUUUUUAGUUAACAUGGUAAAUGAUGUUUAUGCCAACAUUUUUAGUUAAUCUGUUGGUGAAUGAUGUUUAUGCCAACAUUAUUAAUUAACCUGUUGGUGAAUGAUGUUUAUGCCAACAUUUUUAAUUAACCUGUUGGUGAAUGAUGUUUAUGCCAACAUUUUUAAUUAACCUGUUGGUGAAUGAUGUUUAUGCCAACAUUUUUAAUUAAGCUGUUGGUGAAUGAUGUUUAUGCCAACAUUUUUAAUUAAGCUGUUGGUGAAUGAUUUUAUGCCAACAUUUUUGGUUAACCUGUUGGUGAAUGAUGUUUAUGCCAACAUUUUUAGUUAAUCUGUUGGUGAAUGAUGUUUAUGCCAACAUUUCUAGUUAAUCUGUUGGUAAAUGAUGUUUAUGCCAACAUUUUUAGUUAACCUGUUGGUGAAUGGUGUUUAUGCCAACAUUUUUUGUUAAUCUGUUUAUGAAUGUUGUUUAUGCCAACAUUUUUAGUUAAUCUGUUGGUGAAUGAUGAAUGGUACCAUUAGUACGAUGUAAGAUAUACCUCUAGUACGAUGUAAUAUAUACCACUAGUCCAACGCAAGAUAUACCACUAGUACGAUGUAAUAUAUACCACUAGUAUGAUUUAAGAUAUACGACGAGUGCGAUGUAAGAUAUACCACUAGUACGAUGUACGAUAUACCACUAGUACGAUGUAAGAUAUACCACUAGUCCAAUGCAAGAUAUACCACUAGUACGAUUUAAGAUAUACCACUAGUCCGAUGUUAGAUAUACCACUAGUACGAUCUAAGAAAUACCACUAGUACGAUCUAAGGUAUACCACUAAUCCAAUGCAAGAUAUACCACUAUUACGAUGUAAGAUAUACCACUUGUCCGAUGCUAGAUAUACCACUAGUACGAUAUAAGGUAUACCACUAGUGCGAUCUAAGAUGUAUCAUCAGGCAGAUGUCAGAUGUAGUACACACCCAAUGUAUGAUGUACACAUACCACAUCAAUGAAUAAGUAUGUAUAACUGAGAGUGUGCAUUUUUGUUAUAAGCCACCAGUCGCUAGUUAUCAUCGAGUUGAUGAUGAUGAAAAGAACGACUGAUCCGUGACACGGUCGGAGUUACAUCCCCUGCUUAAGAUCGAGGGCUGACAAUGAGGGGAGAUAAUCCUAACCAUAAGGUGAUGACAUGUCAGGGGCAGAUGACUACUUGAUUAGAUCUGUACAAACAAAGUCAAGGCGUGGCUAAAUAAUGGCAAUAGCCUUAAGCGGUGGUUAAAAAUAGAUGUGGCUUUAUGAUCUUCAACCACAACACUAGCGAUGGCUAGUCAAUCAUCACAGUUGCUAGUCACAGUGCUUAUGGCUAGUCAACCACCACAGUUACUAGUCACAAUGCUUAUGGCUAGUCAACCACCACAGUUACUAGUCACAGUGCUUAUGGCUAGUCAACCACCACACUUGCUAGUCACAGAGCUUAUGGCUAGUCAACCACCACACUUGCUAGUCACAGUGCUUAUGGCUAGUCAACCACCACAGUUACUAGUCACAGUGCUUAUGGCUAGUCAACCACCACAGUUACUAGUCACAAUGCUUAUGGCUAGUCAACUACCACACUUGCUAUUCACAGUGCUUAUGGCUAGUCAACCACCACAGUUACUAGUCACAGUGCUUAUGGCUAGUCAACCACCACACUUGCUAGUCACAGUGCUUAUGGCUAGUCAACCACCACAGUUACUAGUCACAGUGCUUAUGGCUAGUCAACCACCACACUUGCUAGUCACAGUGCUUAUGGCUAGUCAACCACCACAGUUACUAGUCACAGUGCUUAUGGCUAGUCAACCACCACACUUGCUAGUCACAGUGCUUAUGGCCAGUCAACCACCACAGUUGCUAGUCACAGAGCUUAUGGCUAGUCAACCACCACACUUGCUAGUCACUGUGCUUAUGGCUAGUUACGACCACAGUUGCUAGUCACAGUGCUUAUGGCUAGUCAACCACCACACUUGCUAGUCACAGUGCUUAUGGCUAGUCAAUCACCACAGUUGCUAGUCACAGUGCUUAUGGCUAGUCAACCACCACAGUUGCUUGUCACAGUGCUUAUGGCUAGUCAACCAACACAGUUGCUAGUCACAGUGCUUAUGGCUAGUCAACAACAACAGUACUCAUUGCUAGUCAACCAUUACAGUACUUUUGGCUAGUCAACCACCACAGUACUCAUUGCUAGUCAACCACCUAAGUACUCAUUGCUAGUCAACCACCACAGUACUCAUUGCUUGUCAACCAUCAAAGUACUUAUGGCUAGACAACCACCACAGUAAUCAUUGCUACUCAACCAACACAGUACUCAUUGCUAGUCAACCACCACAGUACUUAUUGCUAGUCAACUAUCACAGUACUUAUGGCUAGUCAACCACCACAGUACUCAUUGCUAGUCAACCAUCACAGUACUCAUUGCUAGUCAACCACCACAGUAAUCAUUGCUACUCAACCAUCACAGUUCUCAUUGCUAGUCAACCAUCAGAGUACUUAUGGCUAGACAACAACCACAGUACUCAUUGCUAGUCAACCAUCACAGUACUCAUUGCUAGUCAACCAUCACAGUACUUAUGGCUAGUCAAUCACCACAGUUGCUAGUCACAGUGCUUAUGGCUAGUCAACCACCACACUUGCUAGUCACAGAGCUUAUGGCUAGUCAACCACCACAGUUGCUAGUCACAGUGCUCAUGGCUAGUCAACCUCCACAUUUGCUAGUCACAGUGCUUGUGGCUAGUAAACCACCACAGUUGCUAGUCACAGUGCUUAUGGCUAGUCAACCACCACACUUGCUAGUCUUAGUGCUUAUGGCUAAACAACAACUACAGUUACUAGUCACAGUGCUUAUGGCUAGUCAACCACCACAGUCGCUAGUCACAGAGCUUAUGGCUAGUCAACCACCACAGUUGCUAGUGACAGUGCUUAUGGCUAGUCAACCACCACAGUUUCUUGUCACAGUGCUUAUGGCUAGUCAACCAACACAGUUGCUAGUCACAGUGCUUAUGGCUAGUCAACCACCACAGUACUCAUUGCUAGUCAACCAUUACAGUACUUAUGGCAAGUCAACCACCACAGUGCUUAUGGCUAGUCAAUCACCUGAGUACUCAUUGCUAAUAAACCACCACAGUACUCAUUGCUAGUCAACCAUCAGAGUACUUAUGGCUAGUCAACCACUACAGUACUCAUUGCUAGUCAACCACCACAGUACUCAUUGCUAGUCAACCACCAACAGUGCUCAUUGCUAAUCAACCACCACAGUACUCAUUGCUAGUCAACCACCACAGUACUCAUUUCUAGUCAACCAUCACAGUACUUAUGGCUAGUCAACCUCCACAGUACUCAUUGCUAGUAAACCAUCAAAAUAAUAAUGGCUAAAAAACACCACAGUACUCAUUGCUAGUCAACCACGACAGUACUCUUUGCUAGUCAACCACAAAAGUACUCAUUGCUAGUCAACUACCACAGUACUCAUUGCUAGUCAACCAUCACAGUACUUAUGGCUAGUCAAACAUCACAGUACUCAUUGCUAGUCAACCACCACAGUACUAAUUGCUACUCAACCAUCACAGUACUCAUUGCUAGUCAACCAUCACAGUAAUUAUGGCUAGUCAACCACUACAGUACUCAUUGCUAGUCAACCACCACAGUACUCAUUGCUAGUCAACCACCAACAGUGCUCAUUGCUAAUCAACCACCACAGUACUCAUUGCUAGUCAACCACCUGAGUACUCAUUGCUAGUGAACCACCACAGUACUCAUUGCUAGUCAACCAUCAGAGUACUUAUGGCUAGACAACAACCACAGUACUCAUUGCUAGUCAACCAUCACAGUACUCAUUGCUAGUCAACAACAACAGUACUCAUUGCUAGUCAACCACCACAUUACUCAUUGUUAGUCAACCACCAAAGUACUCAUUGCUACUCAACCACCACAGUACUCAUUGCUAGUCAACCACCACAGUAUUCAUUGCUAGUCAACCUUCACAGUACUUAUGGCUAGUCAACCACCACAGUACUCAUUGCUAGUCAACAACCACAGUACUCAUUGCUAGUCAACCACCACAGUACUCAUUGCUAGUCAACCAUCACAGUACUUAUGGCUAGUCAACCACCACAGUACUCAUUGCUAGUCAACAACCACAGUACUCAUUGCUAGUCAACCAUCACAGAACUCAUUGCUAGUCAACCACCACAGUACUCAUUGCUAGUUAUCCACCACAGUACUCAUUGCUAGUCAACCACCACAGUACUCAUUGCUAGUCAACCACCACAGUAUUCAUUGCUAGUCAACCAUCCCAGUACUUAUGGCUAGUCAACCACCACAGUACUCAUUGCUAGUCAACAACCACAGUACUAAUUGCUAGUCAACAACCACAGUACUUAUUGCUAGUCAACCAUCACAGUACUCAUUGCUAGUCAACCACCACAGUACUCAUUGCUAGUCAACCAUCACAGUACUUAUGGCUAGUCAACCACCACAGUACUCAUUGCUAGUUAACCACCACAGUACUCAUUGCUACUCAACCAUCACAUUACUCAUAGCUAGUCAACCGUAUAAAAGUACUCAUUGCAAGUCAAUAAUCACAGUACUCAUUUCUUGUCAAUCAUCACUAUACUCAUAGUUAGUCAACCUUAUAAAAAUACUGAUCGCUAGUCAACCCUCACAGUAAUGAUCGCUAGUCGACCCUCACAGUGCUGAUCGCUAGUCAAACCCCAGAGUACAGAUUGCUAGCCAACCAUCACAGUACUCAUUGUUAGUCAACCAUCACAAUACUUAUUGGUAGUCAACCAUCAUAGUAUUCAUUGUUAGUCAACCAUCACAAUACUUAUUGGUAGUUAACCAUAUCAGUAUCGAUUCUUUGACAGCCAUCUUAGUACUGAUCGCUUGUCAACUAAUUGCUAGUCAACCAUCAAAGUACUGAUUGCUAGUUAACAAUCAAAGUACUAAUCGCUAGUCAACCCUCAAAACACUGAUCGCUAGUCAACCAUAACAAUACUGAUUGCUAGUCAACCAUCAUAGUAAUAAUCGCUAGUCAACCAUAACAGUACUGAUCGCUAGUCAACCAUGACAGUACUGAUCGCUAGUCAUCCCUCACACUACUGAUUGCUAGUCAACCAUCACAUUACUGUAUGUGAGUCAACCAUCACAAUACUCAUCACUAGUCAACCGUACAGUACCUUUUGCUUGACAGCCAUAUUAGUACUGAUUGCAAUUCAACCAUCACAAUACUGAUUGCUAGUCUAACACCACAGUACUGAUCGCUAGUCAACCAUAACAGUACCGAUUGCUUGACAGCCAUCAAAGUACUGAUUGCUAGUCAAUCAUCACAGUAGAGAUCGCUUGUCAACCAUAACAAUAAUGAGUUAUUGCUAUCUGAAAGCUUCGGGAAAAUGACAUCAACAAAUUCACCAUGUAGAUAUACGUUUAUUAUGACAUCAAAACAUCCGCCAUGUAGAUACACAUUUAUUAUGACAUCAAAACAUCUGCCAUGUAGAUACACAUUUAUUAUGACAUCAAAACAUCCGCUAUGUAGAUACACAUUUAUUAUGACAUCAAAACAUCUGCUAUGUAGAUACACAUUUAUUAUGACAUCAACACAUCCGCCAUGAAGAUACACAUUUAUUGUGACAUCAACACAUCCGCCAUGAAGAUACACAUUUAUUAUGACAUCAACACAUCCGCCAUGAAGAUACACAUCUACUUUAACUUAAAAGGAAACUAAAUAUAGAAAAAGUUCCUCAAAUUUAUAAAUGAAGGUACGGUGACAAUACCUGUACACAAUCUAUAGUGCGAUGAUAAUGCUUGCUCCUGUACACAAUGUAUAGUGCGAUGAUAAUACUUGAUCCAGUACACAAUGUAUAGUGCGAUGAUAAUACUUGCUCCUGUACACAAUGUAUAGUGCGAUGAUAAUACUUGCUCCUGUACACAAUGUAACUUAAAUGAUAAUACUUGCUCCUGUACACAAUGUAUAGUGCGAUGAUAAUACUUGCUCCUGUACACAAUGUAACUUAAGAUGAUAAUACUUGCUCCUGUACACAAUGUAACUUAAGAUGAUAAUACUUGCUCCUGUACACAAUGUAACUUAAGAUGAUAAUACUUGCUCCUGUACACAAUGUAACUUAAGAUGAUAAUACUUGCUCCUGUACACAAUGUAAAGUACGAUGAUAAUGCUUGCUACUGUUGCGAAAAUAACCGCAUGAAAAAGAUUUCCAGAAGGACACAUUAUUUAGACCAGUGGUUCUCAAUCUUCAUAAAUCCGCGACCUUUUAAUACAGCUUCUCUUGCUGUGGCGACCCCAACCAUAAAAUUAAGUUCGUUGCUACUUCAUAAAUAUGUGUUUUCCGAUGGUUCUGGGUGACUCCUGUGUAAGGGUCGUUUGACCCCCAAAGGGGUCACGAGCGACAUGUUGAAAACCGCUAAUGAAGACAAAUGUUGAAUUUCCAAAGAGCAACCCGAAUGCAGACUUUGAACAUGUUUAUUACUGACUCUUAAUUUGAACAUAUUUAUUGCUGACUCUUAAUUUGAAUUAAAUUACAAAAGCUUCUAAGUUAAUCUUAGAGAAAGAAGUAAACUUAUAAUCCUGUUUAAACUAAUCUUAUAAUUGACAUAAUUAUAAUACAAAUACUUAUAAUUAUAGUAUAGUAUUUAAGAAAUAUAAUAAUACAUAUUUGCUAUAAAUAAAUGUAUAUUUCCAUUGACUUAUUUUAGUUGAUGUGGCAUAAUUGAUUUAUUGUAGUUGAUGUGUUAUAAUUGACUUAUUGUAGCUGAUGUGGUAUAAUUAACUUAUUGUAGUUGAUGUGGUAUACAAUGUUUCACUUUCCAUGCUACAACAUUUGCAUACUUGACGUGUCUCAUAUUCGAACGAACCUUUCCAACGACCUGGAGAUCCCCUGCGAUCCUUCACGUCCAUGAGACCGACCCCUAGACAGCCGGGCUUAACGGCACUGACAAAGUGUCAGAGUUACUUAACUUGAGGACCUACAAGUUUAUGUCCCUUUGAUCCAGUAGGUGUUGUGGUAUGACGCUGCGUUUAUCUUUUUUCUGUCUUUAAACGGAAGCUCUGAGGAAAUUGUCUCCUGAAGAAAAGAAAAAAAGAGAGAUAGAACAAAUGUCCUCUCAAAGUUAAAAUGUACACACGUGUACAGAUAGAACAUCUCAGCUCAGAUAAACAUUCACAUUCUAAGAAGCAGAAAAUUCGAUUGCAUAAUUGUUAGUAGGGAAAAUCUGGUGGAAAGACCAGUUUUAAAACUUCACGUGUUGAGAGGCAAUGUGGACAUGUCUGACUCAGAGAUUCGGUGGGAAUGUCUGGCUCAGAGGUGAAGUGAGAAUGUCUGGCUCAGACGUUGGUGAGAAUGUCUGGCUCAGAGACUAGGUGGAAAUGUCUGGCUCAGGGACUAGCUGGGAAUGUCUGGCUCAGGGACUAGGUGGGAAUGUCUGGCUCAGACACUAGUUGGGAAUGUCUGGCUCAGAGACCAGGUGGUAGUGUCUGGCUCGGGGACUAGGUGGGAAUAUCUGGCUCAGAGACUAGGUGGGAAUGUCUGGUUCAGAGACUAGGUGUGAAGGUCUGGCUCAGAGACAAGGUGGAUGGGAAUGUCUGGUUCAGAGACUAGGUGGGAAUGUCUGGCUCAGAGACAAGGUGGGAAUGUCUGGCUCAGAGACUAGGUGGAAGUCUGGCUCAGAGACUAGGUGGUAAUGUCUUGCUCGGGGACUAGGUCGGAAUAUCUGGCUCAGAGACUAGGUUGGAAUGUCUGGCUCAGAGACUAGGUGGGAAUGUCUGGCUCAGAGACUAGGUGGGAAUGUCUGGCUCAGGGACUAGGUGUGAAUGUCUGGCUCAGGGACUGGGUGGGAAUGUCUGGCCCAGGGACUAGGUGGGAAUGUCUGGAUCAGCGGCAAGAUGGAAACAUUAUUUACUGGGUGUUUUUUCCAACAGUAAACUUCAUGUCAUUUCAUGUCAUUUACUGUUAUGCCAUGUCAUGUAUUGUUAAGUAAUGUCAUGUAAUGUUAUGUAAUGUUAUGACAUGUCAUGCAUUGUUAAGUAAUGUCAUGUAAUGUUAUGUAAUGUCAUGUAAUGUUAUGCCAUGUCAUGUAUUGUUAAGUAAUGUCAUGUAAUGUCAUGUAAUGUCAUGUAAUGUCAUGUAAUGUCAUGUCAUGUUAUGUGGUUAUCAAAGUGGCACACAAAGACUUUUAGAUCCCGACCCCCUCUCCCUCUUAUGUUACGGUGUGUGUUGUAGGAUAAAGUCAUCGCGGCCUGAGGUUCAUCUUAUAAUGGUCAUCUGGAGACACCUUGCUAAUGACUCACUUUUAUUGUGUCUGUUGUGUACAUGAAAUGUACUUACGAUGUGUCUGUUGUGUACAUUAAAUGGAGUUGUGCUGUGUCUGUUGUGUACAUUAAAUGGCCUUGUAUUAUGUCUGUUGUGUACAUUAAAUGGACUUGUAUUGUGUCUGUUGUGUACAUUGAAUGUGCUUGUGAUGUGUCUGUUGUGUACAUUAAAUGUACUUGUAUUGUGUCUGCAAUGUACAUUAAAUGGACUUGUAUUGUGUCUGUUGUGUACAUUAAAUGGACUUGUGUUGUGUCUGAUGUGUACAUUAAAUAGACUUGUAUUGUGUCUGUUGUGUACAUUAAAUGUACUUGUGAUGUGUCUGUUGUGUACAUUAAGUGGAAUUGUGGUGUGUCCUUUGUGUACAAUAAAUGUACUUGUGCUGUAUCUGUUGUGUUCUUUAAAUGUACUUGUGAUGUGGCUGUUGUGUACAUGAAUUGGACUUGUGUACAUGAAUUGGACUUGUGCUGUGUCCUUUGUGUGCAAUAAAUGGACUUGUGCUGUGUCCUUUGUGUACAGUAAAUGUAGUUGUGCAGUGUCUGAUGUGUACAUUAAAUGUACUGUAUUGUGUCUGUUGUGUACAUUAAAUGGACUUGUAGUGUGUCUGUUGUGUACAUUAAAUGUGCCUGUGAUUGUCUGUUGUGUACAUUAAAUGGACUUGUAUUGAGUCUGUUGUGUACAUUAAAUGGACUUGUAUUGUGUCUGUUGUGUACAUUAAAUGGACUUGUAUUGUGUUUGUUGUGUACAUUAAAUGGACUUGUAUUGUGUCUGUUGUGUAUUUUAAAUUUACUUGUGAUGUGGCUGUUGUGUACAUGAAUUGGACUUGUGCUGUGUCCUUUGUGUGGAAUAAAUGGACUUGUGCUGUGUCUUUUGUGUGCAGUAAAUGUACUUGUGCUGUGUCUGAUGUGUACAUUAAAUGUACGUGUGCUGUAUCUGAUGUGAACAAUAAUUCGACACUCCGGGCAAAGUGACGUCACUGCGGCGCUCCAAGUUAUUUUUAGUUCUCUCUUUUUAUAAUUUGGUGACACUUUAUAAUAAAUCUUCUUUUAUUGUACAAUAACUGUUCCUUUAUUGUACCAUAACUGUUCCUUUAUUGUACCAUAAUUGUUCCUUCAUCGUUCCAAGGUUAUAAUAGAAUAAAAUAGUUUUAGAUAUAAAAAAAGCAACUAAUAACAACAGGAACAGUUUCAAAAGGAACAGUUGAGGCGACAACACUAGACACAUUUGUGUCUAUUGCCUCAAGCCUUCAAACACUUGUGCAUAAUUUCCUCAUCACCUCCAGUAGCAGAAACAUUGCAAAUCCCAUCUACAUGCAUAGGAGCCAAAAUGAUCAAUAAAUUGAUCGUGAGAUUUAACUUGACCUGUUCCCAAUCGGCCCUCGGCAAUCUCCCUAGAAAAGUUAGCUCCGACUGAACUCUCGUUUGAUGACGUCACCUUUCUGGCGUCCACUCAGCUUGGUGUCCUGAUGUUCUGUGCUUCGUGCCCCAGAGAUGACAAACUGGUUGGUCAGUAAGAGAAGCGGUCGCUUUAAUGUGAUCAGCCACCGAUGGCUGCUAGGAGAGCAUACAGGCUUCAUUCAAGAAUAUUUUAUGGUGCUGACUGGGGGUAGGGGCGCGUAAGGGGAACAAUGGGAGGCGUGGACGGUGUUUAACUGUACGCACUUUUUGGAAGUUAACUAAUGACAUUUUUUGUCAUUUACUUUUUUAAAGUUCACCAAUGAAAUUUUUUGUCAUUUACUUUUUAAAGUUCACCAAUGACAUUUGUAAAAACAUUUAUUUGAAGACAAAUAUAUUUCACCUGUCCUACCCUUUAAAUCUCGCCCUGCCCUGUUAAAUCUCGUCCUAUCACGUGAAAUCUCGAGGCCCGCACGUGCGGUGGGUGAUAUUAGAAUUGACUCGUACUUAAUGAUGGAAGGCAAAAUGUUUAGGAAACGAAAUCGUCACAUUCAACAAUGAUUUUAAAGUAUUUUGUACAGUUGGAUACUUGACAUCUGGAUACUUGAAUACUUGAUACUUGACAUCUGGAUAUUUGACAACUUGAUACUUGACAACUUGAUACUUGACAACUUGAUACUUGACAUAUGGAUACUUGAAUACUUGAUACUUGACAUCUGGAUACUUGACAACUUGAUACUUGACAACUUGAUACUUGAAAACUUGAUACUUGACAACUUGAUACUUGACAUAUGGAUACUUGACAUCUGGAUACUUCGAGCUGCAAUGGCAUGAGCAGCUCAACAUGACUGUGCAAUUGUUGUUAUAGAGCGAAUAAUUUUAAAAAAUUCAUUUUAUCCCAAGGCUCUGACCCCUUGUUUGGGUCAUCACCAGGGGAUCUAGAACUGAUUUCUGAAACUGAUAUCUUGAACUUAUAUCAGAAAUCUCUUUUGAGCCUGUAUUAAAGACAUUCUCUUGCAUGCCAUGUCUCACUACGACGAAGAAAAACAGAGAGGGGGAAAGAGAGAAGGGGAGAGAGAGAGGUUGAAGGGGGAGAAAGAGAGACAAUGUGUGUCUGCAGAUAAUAUUAAUAAAUCAGAGAGAAACGUAUGUGAAUUUUAAAAGAAUUUUUGUUUAUUUCAAGAAAGACAUUACAUCAAGACAACACACCAAGAAAUUUAUCAAGACAUCACACAAAGACAUCAAUCAAGACAUCACACCAGGAAACCACAUCAAGAAACCGAUCAAGACAUCAAUCAAGACAUCAUAUCAGGACAUCACAUCAAGACAUCACAUCAAGACAUCAGAUCAAGACAUCACAUCAAGUCAUCUCAUCAAGACAUCACAUCAAGACAUCAGAUCAAGACAUCACAUGAAGACAUCACAUCAAGACAUCACAUCAGGAAAUCAUAAAUGCUUGAGAAAACGCUCGGCCUACACGUCAUCUAUGCCGGCAAGUUGAAGAAGUCUAGAAUAAAUUUGGCAAUAACAAAGUCAGUAUUCAUCCGCUGGUGAGCACCUGGCCAAGCGAGGCAAGUGCCAACAUUUCCUUAUCAGUAGCAAAUGAUACUGGACAACAAGGCUCCUUCUUUCUGCGUAGAAAGAUAGGACAGACAGACAGGAAAGACAGAUGAAUGGGCACAAAUAGUCAGAUAAGUUUGAACGGCUUAUGAAACCCGAAGCCUAUUGUGUACUCAUUUUAAAGUUAGACGGCCUUCAUGCACGAUAUUAAGGACUAUUUCAAACAAAAUGCAUAGAGUUUGGAAUGUUCAUUUGUUUAUGCUUGGGUAGUAGUAGCCUUCUACAUUCUGUCCAUGGUUUUGUCUACAUUCUGACAUGGUGUUGUCUAAAUUCUAAACAUGGUUUAGUAUUCCUAUUUCAUUCUUACAUCCAGUAUCUACAACCAUCACUAGCUCCUACAUUGAGUAUCUACAACCAUCACUAGCUCCUACAUCCAGUAUCUACAACCAUCACUAGCUCCUACAUUAAGUAUAUACAACAUCACCAGCUCCUACAUUGAGUAUCUACAACCAUCACUAGCUCCUACAUUGAGUAUCUACAACCAUCACUAGCUCCUACAUUGAGUAUAUACAACAAUCACCAGCUCCUACAUUGAGUAUCUACAACCAUCACUAGCUCCUACAUUGAGUA